CAGUGUGACAUACGAAUUGAAAUUGAAAUUUUAUUUUCCAUUUAUUUUUUGUGCAUAUUGCAGCCUAAGUUUUGAAUCCUCAAAAUAAAAUAAAAGUAUAUGGCUGACAUCAUCAAAGAAAACGUGGCUAUGAAGGAAUGUCCAGAAGAAAGCCUUAUGGCUAAGAACGCAGUGAAGGGAGAGGGAGAUGAGAAAAAUGAAAGUGAAACUUAUCAGGAACAAUUUCUCAAGGAUCUUGAAAAAGAAAGCGUUGGUAGUGAACGUAAAUCGAAAACAUCUUCUCUGAAGAAACUCUUCCGCUUGCCAACCAAAAAAUCUUUAGAAAAAUCUGGUGUCCCAAGUGGGCAAGAUAAUUUGAAUAUGAACCAAGAUCCAAAUGAUGGCGAAGGUGAAGAUGAGAUGGUAAGUGGCAGUGUGUCCGGCGAAAAGCGUUUAAAUCGUGUAAGGCUACGUUUGGAAGGGAUAUACCGUCAUGCAAAUACUUCAGAUAGCAAAUCUAAGAUGAAUCUUGACAGCAGUGCUUCUCAAAUGACACUGAAAUCAUCUUUGUCCAAUGUAUGGAAUAAUGUUUUCAAAAAGAAGAAAUCGAAGCCAGAGUCUGAUGAUGUUAUGAAAACCAACGUCUUGGGAUCUAAUGAUGAAUGCCGCCAUUCAUUGGAAGAAGACAUGCAUGCCUUAGAAAUAACUGAAGAUCCAAAUGAACACUAGAACACACUUCAAUUAAAAAUUUUAAUGUAUUUUACAUCAAAUUUAUAAACUUUUAGAUUUUUUCUAACAU